AUGAGCAACCUUCAAGCGCAAGAACACGGAAAGUUGAGCUUUAGUCAAGAGAGCCCCCAAGCACUGCCGUCGAAUCAAGAUACCACCAUGUCUACAACAAAAAGCUUCCUGGACCUCGUCAAAGCGACAGACAACUACCCACUUGUCGACAUAGCGCGCCUUCCGUAUGUCGAAGAAACCUCCAAGUCCCUAUACCGGCUCCUCCUCCCCAACGAUCCCCGACCUCAUGCGUUCAUGCUCCCCUCUGUCGUGCAAAGAAUGCCUUGGACAUCAGAUUUCUCCAUAAGCCACGCGAUUCCACGCACGGUCCAAUUGCUUGACAGCUCAAAUGGCGCAGACACGGCCGAAGUUUGUAACGCAGCAUUUAGAACAGUUAUAGACGCAGCGACGGAGGCUCAAACCUUCCGGGAAUUCAACAAGGUAUGGCCGGAGGACUAUAAGAUCCUGGGCGCUAGAUACAAAGGAAGGGUCCAACUACUGCGAGCGGCGGCUGGUUUGUUCGGAAUCUCCUGCCGUGGUGCACACAUGACUCUGUACACCCGUACGGAGUUGGGGGAGCUCAAGAUUUGGGUAUCUCGCCGCAGUAGACAAAUGGUGACAUGGCCAGGCAAGCUCGAUACUACUGUUGCCGGCGGCGUCAGGGCGGAAGAGUCCCCGUUUGAGUGCAUUGUCCAUGAGGCCGACGAAGAAGCAUCGCUUCCCGAGUCCUUUGUCCGCAAACACGCGAGACCGGUGGGUGUGAUAACCUACGUUGCUGAAAGUGCAGCGGACUCGGGCGGCGAGCUUGGCCUAUGUGUCCCGGACGUACUUUUUUGCUACGAUCUCGAAGUUACCAAAGAUGUGAUUCCGAAACCACACGACGACGAAGUUGAAGCCUUCUACCUCAUGAGCACAGAGGAAGUGAAGGAGGCGCUCCUUCGAGAAGAGUUCAAGACAAACUGUGCUUCAGUCAUGAUUGAUUUUUUCGUUCGUCAUGGCAUCAUUACAGAUGACAACGAGCCGGACUAUCUGGAAAUCGUCACGAGGCUCCAUCGCCCUCUUCCGGUUCCGACAUCUGCUCUAUGA